AUGGAAGAUAACUACGCUGCCGACGUUUAAAGAUAAUUCAAUCGUACUGCAUUUGAUUCAUUAUAUAAAAUAUGCUAUAACAGUUUAGUUUAAAAAAAUGGAUCUACCAUUGAUUUCUAAAAGCAAAUCGACUGCCACCAAAGAUUAAUUCAAGUAUUCGCUAAGAUUGCUCCUAUUGUUGUUAAGGUUGAACAAGAUGCUGCUUCUUCUGGUGGAGCUGCUGCUGGUGGUGAAGACGAAGAAUGA